ACAGCGUACUGUCAAGUUUCGAUUCCGGAAUCGCCUGGUCCAGAGACCAUUCAAAACAUAAAGUACUGACAUACAAACAACAGCAGGAUGCCUUCUCUCAAAACAACAUACGAAGUAGGGCUUGACUUCCUGGAGUUUCUGGGGCAGAGGAUCUCGAAAACAGACAGAAACGAGCUUCGGGAUAUUUACAACUUUGAGUUCAAAAGGGACGGAAGCAAAGAGCCCACAUUUUCCAAUGUGAUCAGAGCCUUAGUGUGUUGCAAUAAAGCCACUAUAAGGAAUGGAAAAGUUAUAUUUCAGUGGAAACCUAAGGUGCGUGUGUACUACUGCGAUCAGUGGAAGUCCUUCACACAGCAGAACACCAGCACAUCGGCCCCAGAAUCUGUCCCAGCAUCCUCUUCCCCCAAACCUGUCCUGACCCCGAAGAGGAAGCUUGCUUCAGAAAUCCUCAACAAACUCAAAAUGAAACGAGCUGAACUCAUCAAAGACAAAGGAGGUGUUGAAAUAACCUCUGACCCCAAGGCCACCAAAGGGAAGGUUACGUUCAUCAUCAAGGAGCAGGGGAAGCUGUUUGUGGUGAAGUUUCACAUCGUAAACCGUGGCGAGAGCUGCGUGUACUUCACAUACUACACAGCUCUGCACAAGAUGCGCUGCUUCACUCUCGUAGAUGAGAGGAGAGUGAACCGUGUUUCUCCUCUUCUCCUCUGUCCAGGUGAGAGUUAUGUUGUUGAAGUGCAUUACAAAGUCCACCAUCAUGGACACUUUCCAGCCACCAUGUACUUUGAGUUCUGCCCAGAGGCAGAUCCUCCAGGUACCGCUAAGCCCUUCUGCAUAGUCCGGGAACUGGAGGCAGUGGUUCAGUCUGGACUAGCUGAGACACUGGGCCCAGAGAGUCCAUAUAACCCCAAACAGAACAGACGACUCCGACCGGAGAACAGGAUUCUGGAAGAAGGGGUACCACCUGAGAGUUUCAUCACACAUGUUCUGAGGAUUAUGGUGAAGUUGAAUCCAUAUCAUUACCCAGACUACUUGAAAAAGUUGGCCAAACACAAGCUGGAGGACUCCGAGCGCCUUUCACCCCCAGUAAGACAGCAUCUUCGCAGAGUGAGGCAAGUGCUGGACACUCAGCUAUGCAUGAAGAACUACAAGGAACGCUUUCACCUCCUCCUACACCUGGAAGAGAUUCAGAUGGAGGUGGACAUCAAGAAGUACGAUCUCUACGGCAAGACCAUGACCCUCGACAAAUCAAACAAAAAGUUGCUCAUUCUCAAAGUCCCAGGGGUGGCAGAAAACAGACCGUCCGUACUACGAGGAGAUAAACUGAAUGUCUGUUUGUCAGAGGACAGGAACCAGCCCAUCACUGUCUAUGAAGGCUAUGUCCAUAGUGUAGAACUUGAGAGAGUUAAACUCGGCUUCUCCAAGACGCUUCUCCAGAAGUUUGUCAAAAAUAUGAAGUUCAAUGUGGAGUUCAGCAUCAAUCGCUUCCCCAUAAGGCUUCAGCACAGGGCGGUGGAGCUGGCUUGCCAGCACAGACUGGGAGAUGUGUUAUUCCCCUCUGAUAAGGGCACUGGACUCACUGCAUUACCACACCUCAGCAUGUUCAACAAAGAUUUAGAGAACAACCCUGAGCAGAAGGCGGCAGUGCAGCAUAUCCUGUCGGGCACAUCCAAACCAGCACCUUACCUGAUCUUUGGACCCCCUGGCACAGGCAAAACUGUAACAGUGGUGGAAGCCAUAAAGCAGGUGAAUAAAUCCAAGGCCACAACCCAUAUCCUAGCCUGUGCUCCCUCAAACAGUGCCUGUGACCUCCUGUGUGAGAGGUUAUUAGGAUAUGUGGACGCCCAUCGCCUCUACCGACUCUGUGCCCCUAGUAGAGACCCGCGCACUGUACCACAGAAACUGCUGAAACACAGUAACUGGAAUAAGGAUCACAACAGCUUCAUACUCCCAUCUAGAAAAGAUCUGAUGGACCGCAGUGUCAUUGUUGUUACUCUGGUCACCGCUGGAAGGCUCGUAUCAGGAGGUUUUGCUAAGGGACACUUCACACACAUUUUCAUCGAUGAGGCCGGACAAGCCGUGGAGCCUGAGUGUAUCAUCGGGAUCGCGGGUUUGCUCGAUCCUGUGAAGGGCCAGCUGGUUUUGGCCGGAGAUCCUCAGCAGCUGGGCCCCAUUCUGAGAUCUCCACUGGCACAACUGCACGGACUGGGUCAGUCCCUCCUGGAGAGGCUGAUGACACAGAACGCUCUCUAUCAGAAGAGCCAGGAUGGUCAUUCUGGAUAUGACACCCGCUUCGUCACCAAACUUCUGCGCAACUACAGGUCUCAUCCCGCCAUCCUCAAGAUCCCCAACGAGCUCUUCUAUGAGAAUGAGCUGCAGGUGUUUGCGAACCAGAUGGAGCGGGAGGCCUUCUGUUGCUGGGAGCAUCUCCCUAAGAAGGGAUUUCCUGUCGUGUUUCAUGGAGUGAUGGGGAAGGAUGACAGGGAGGCCAACAGCCCUUCAUUCUUCAACGUGACUGAGAUCGAGGUCAUCGUCAGCUACCUCAACAAGCUCAUGCAAACGCAGGGCAAGAAAGGCCUGCCAAAACUCAGCGCCAAUGACAUUGGCAUUAUCACUCCUUACAGGAAACAGGUGGAAAAAAUUCGGAAAGCUCUGAACACUGUGGCAGAGUUGAACAAAUGGAAAGACAUCAAGGUGGGGUCAGUGGAAGAGUUUCAGGGUCAAGAGAGAAAAGUCAUCGUAGUUUCUACCGUCCGUAGUAGCGUCAACUACGUCAAGAUGGACCAAGACUUCAACAUUGGCUUCCUCUCAAAUGAGAAGAGGUUUAAUGUGGCCAUGACCAGAGCCAAAGCCUUGCUCGCUGUGGUGGGAAACCCAGUCAUCCUAAGCAAGGAUCCUACUUGGCAGAGGUUUAUCAGGUACUGUGAGCUCGAGCAGGGCUACACUGGCUUUGACUACAAGGAUGCUGAAGGAGAGGAGGAUGUGGUCAGCCGGCUGGCGUCUUUAAAAAUCAGUUCUGAUGAUAUAGACGAGAGCCCACUACAGCAGCAUGUGCAUCCAGAGUGGAGAUCUGAACAAUGAGGACCAGAUUUAGAACAAUCAAAUGAGACCAUCAGUUUACAUCCAGAUUAAAUGGGGAUUCAAUUUUUAUCAGUAAAGCAGAACUGACAAACUCAUUUUAAUGUUGAUUUCUGCUAGUUAAACAAUGCAGAUGAAUGAUUCAAUUCCUAAUUCAGCAAAACAGUCCAUGGAGAGAUUUUAGCAGUUGGACAACCUUGAUGUUAACUAGUCACUAGUCAACACUGUAUUUUUAUUAAUGCUUCAUUUCUUUCAUUUAAACAGCUACAUCACUGAAAAUGCAGAUUUACUCGUUUCAAAUGCUUUUUUGCACUUUACUGCAGUAUUUUACUGAAAGUAAUUAAUUGAAAAUAUUUCUAGCAAGUAAAAAUGGCUAUUAAAAAC